AUGCGACUCCAACUCCAGCGGUUUGAUUUUCAAGUCGUAUACAAACCGGGAAAAGAACUGUUUAUAGCUGAUACUCUCAGCCGUGCCCCGUCACCUCGUCUUUAUGAUGAUGAUGCUACAGCGGAUUGCGAGGAGCAAGUCCACAAUGUUCUCGCCAGCAUUGUGCCGGCUGAGUCAACUCGUCGCCGCUAUGCAGAUGCUACGUCUCGAGACCCAACAUUGCAGCUCCUUCAGUCCGUGAUGGAAGAGGGCUGGCCGGAACGCAGGCGCAAUUGUCCUGAUUCAGUGAAACCGUUUUGGCCCGUGCGUCAUAAUCUAACGGCAGUGGGUGGUGUUCUUCUUGUUGGAACAAGGCUAGUGGUCCCAUUUUCGCUACGCAAGGAGACGCUCGAUGGUGUCCAUGACGGACACUUUGGCGAAUCCAAGUGUGUGUUGCGGGCAAGGUCGUCUGUGUAUUGGCCGGGGUGGGAGGAACAAGUGCGCAACGCAGUGGCUAGCUGCACCAUUUGUCAAGAACAUCGUCAUCAUAACCCGCGAUUGCCGCUGUUUCCGGUCCGUAUACCGGAUCAUCCCUUUCAGCUAGUGUCGGCUGACUUGUUUGAAUUCUCUCAGGUGUCCUAUUUGCUGCUGGUGGACUCAUACAGCAAGUGGCCCUGUGUCGUUCCAAUGAAGUCGACAACCUCAGCGGCGCUAAUAGGUGAAGUGACUCGUUUUUUCUGCGAUUUUGGCCGGCCGGAAGUGCUGGAAUCGGAUAAUGGCACACAGUUCAGCAGCGCCGAGUUCAGAGAGUUUUGCCGUACUAUGGGUGUGCAACAAGUCUCGUCCAGCCCUGAAUUCGCCCAAUCUAAUGGCUUAGUUGAACGACACGUCCAAACCGUGAAACGUACUCUGUUGAAAAUGUUCGCGGAUGGAAAGUCUCUCUGGGACUCUUUGGCAGCCAUUCGCUCCACUCCGGUGUCGUCCACUCUCCCGGCCCCCUCUGUUUUGUUGCAAGGCCGUAAUCUACGCGGGAACCUGCCGUUCCUUCCGGCAGAGUUGCAACCUAAGUAUAUUUCUUCGUCAGUCGUCAGGAGGGAGCUAUCGGCACGACAAUCUCAGGCAGCGUUUGUUCAGGCGGGAGUGCCUAACGCGCGUGCCUCGUCGCUUCAUAUCGGUCAACCCGUACGAGCCCUCAUAGGCCGUCGUUGGCUCCGUGGAAAAGUUCACUCACUAUGUACUGAGCCACAAUCAUACGUGAUUAGUUUGGAUGAUGGCCGUUAUUUUCGGCGUACGCGGUGGGCCAUCAACAUUGACCGUGGGAUGCAGUCACAGCCCCGUUCACUGGGUUCUGCUGCCAUGUUCUCUUAUCGAGUCCCAAGUGAUGUCCAGUCUGUACAGUCGGCCAAUGGUUGUGGGCCGUCUAGUCAGGCACCUGAUGUGCCCGGUAACCCAGUAAGCGAAGCUCCUACUCCUGUCCGGGUAGAGGAGCAGUCAACACGUGCCGAGCCAACCACCCCGUCCACCCGGCAGUCGUCAAACCGUGGUCGUGUGCGCACUGCAGCUAGUCCUGGCGCCCAGCAUGUUCGUCUAUUUGAUGCACCGUUAUCUUCUGCUGUGGCUCCAUCUCCUGCGGCCACUGGGCCUUCCGGUGACUCCUGUACUACGCCGGCGAGGGAGCCGUUUGGAACAACUCGGUCCGGUGUCCGCUUCGGCAUCGGCAUGCCUCCUACUAGGAAGUGA